AUGUCACUUGACUCCACACCAGAGAACAAGCAGGCGGAUUCUACAAAGCCAGAACAUGUUGGCUACAUAGUUGCAUCAGACAUCUACAACAAAAACAAAUUUGAAGACUUCGCAGCAGAAGGUCAACCAAUACCACCUCCCACACCACAGAUACUUCCCACAGCACCCAAUUCAUUGCCAAUUCCACCAACGCGCACCAUAUCCAAUGCUGCAGCUACCAAAACUACCAAGUUUGGACAAAUAGACAAUUCUGAUGGAAUGCCCGAUCAAGCCAACGAAUGGAUGUUAUCAGCCAAAGCAUAUUUUGACGUAAAUGACACCAUCUAUGACUCAGACAGAAAAAAGGUUUUUGAAGCACUUUCUCACAUGAAAGAGGGGGCAGCCCUGGCAUGGGAAGAAACCAAAUUAACAGAAUACAUAGGAUCAGCAAAAUACCCAAAAUGGACGGACUUUGAAACUGACUUUAAUGGGACAUUCAUUAUUGCGGAUGUAAAAGGAGCGGCCAGCGCUGCCCUCAUGACAAUGAAAAUGGAAACAGGGGGAAAAGCAGUAAAAUUCAACUCUUGUUUCAUGGUAGAAGCACGGAAGAGUGGCUUAAACGAUGGAGGACUGAUCAUGGUGUAUAAAAGAUGGAUGAGCACUGUUUCUGGCCUAGAUGCCAACUGGACAAACUCAAACAGCAUUAGUGAAGGAAAAUGGGGAAAGAAGGGAGAAAAGAAGAAAGAGGAAAAAGGAGGAAGAAGCCAAUUAUCCUCGGUGAAAUGUUUAACCAAAAACAAAGAAGACUUGCUCAAAAGAGAUGGGCAAUGCUUUAUAUGCAAAGAACAAGGAUAUAUCUCACAAUUCUGUCCAGAAAAGAAGAAAGGAAAACAACCAGACCAAAGAAUUAGGAUGGCAGAAGUUGCAGAAAAGGAUGAAACAGAAACAGUGGUGGAAGAUGGAAAAGGAAUUUCUCACAUCCUCAAAAUGUGGAGAGAACUCAAUGAAGCAGACCAAGCCAGCGCCAUUGAUGGAUUGGAAAAGGAGGGUUUUUGA